GCUGGGUUGGCUCACAAGUACUAGCUGCUUUCUAGUUAUUUUGCCUCACUAGGGGUGCACUGGUGCUAGUGGCUGAAGCGAUUCUUGAGGAUUCUAGUGUCUAAUUCCUCGCUAGUUUUGUUCCCUCUCGAUACUGGCUGCUACCGCAUUGGCUGGAGGCUUCUCACGGUCUAGAUUCCUUAUUAUAUUGCCAAUAUUGCGGACCUUCUAGGCUAGCUCACUCGUUUCCUUCCGAUGGCGAGUCAGCCAUUGCAAGGAGCGGAUCCCGCCGCUGCAGCCGCUAGUGCUGCUCCACCGCAGCAUGUCGCUCAUGCUGCUCCGCCGCAGCAUCAGGGGGGAGCGCAGGCGCAACAAGCCGCUGGUUACCAGCAUGCAAUGCACGUGAUGCAGAUGCAGGGACACGUGGCGAACGCUGGUGCAAUGCCGCAGGGAUACCCUCAACAGGUGCCUGGGUCGUACCCGAUGUACGCCAUGGGUCCCAUGGGGCCUGUUAUGGUCAACCCUCAGAUGUACGCGGCCUACAUGCAGAACAUGCAGAACAUGCAGAACAUGCAGCACAUGCAUCCCCAGUUCGCUGCUCAAGCUGCCGCCGCCGCCCAGAAAUCCGGCGCAGCAGCAGCAGCGGCUGGUGCCCCGGAGGGAGGCUCGGCAGCAGGAGGCUCGGCAGGAGCAGGCUCGGCAGCAGCCGGUGGGGGGAUUGACGCGUUUGCGAGUCUGCUUGGUAGCACGGAUCGUGCUAUGCUGGCUAAAGCAGGGGAGGCUGCCGCCCAGAAGAUGCAUGCUAAGGGCGGUAAGGGCCAGGGGGAGGAGGGCCAUGGUGCGAUGGGAGAAACCAUGCAGCAUCAGCAGCAACAUCAGCAGCAGCAGCCGCAACAGCAGGGAGGAGGUCAGCCUCUCUCACCUGGCGCCAAACCCCAUUCAGCCGCACCAGCAGCAGCAGUGCCACCAGCAGCAGGCAUGCCUGCAGGGAUGCCCCAAGGAAUGCCCCAAGGAAUGCCCCAAGGAAUGCCCCAAGGAAUGCCGCAGUACCCGCACUACGCCUACUAUCCUGGCGCAGUAUCCUGGUGGCCCCAAGGUGCCGCCCCAGGGGCCGUGCCUGGCGCUGCUCCUGGCGCAAUCCCAGCAGGUGCUCCAGGUGCUGCUUCAGGUGGAACUCCAGGUGCAAUCCCAGGUGCCGGCCCAGGUGUUGCUUCAGGUGGAACAGCAGGAGCGGUGUCAGGAGCAGUGCCAGGCGAAGGAGGAGGAGAGAGCGGUGGAGCUAAGGUUGCAGCAGCACCGCCAGAUGCGCCAGCAGCUAAGGUGCCGGCUGCUGCGCCUGCAGUGGUGGCCCCUCAGCCGAGGAAUCUUGCUGCCCUAUUCCGCUGUCGCUGUUUGGUGAGGAGGAGGAGGCAGAGGAGGUGGAGGAGGAGGAGAGUAAGCAGGAGGGAGAAAUAGCGCCGCCUGUUGCUUCUGCUGCUGAUGGUGUAGCCGCACCUGGACCAGCCGUGGCGGAAUCGGCAGCAGCAGCAUCGUCACUUGAAGCUGAUAAUGACGAUGACGAUGAUGACUUCGGAGAUUUCUCGUCGGUACCGUCUGCUAGUGUGGUCUCUGCCACUUCUGCGGAUUCCGCUGCCUCCACUGCCGCUGCUACCACCACCGCGCCCCACUGCUGCCGACUUUGCCCCUACUGGUGCUCCAGUGGACUCAGGAGCAGCUGCUGCAUCUGCAGCUUCAGCUGCUGCUGUGCCUCCAGCAGAGGAGGACGAGGACGACUGGGGGGAUUUCUCAGAGUCAUCAACACCUGCGCCUGCUGCAGCAGCACCUCCCCAGGCUGCACCUCCCCCUGCUGUGCCUCCCGCCUCUGCCUCAGCUGCUGUGCACCAGCCGGCGCCUGUUCCAUCCCCCGCGUCCUUCCUUGGGCCCAUAUCCCUGGCUGCUUUCCAAACCACAGCACCAGCACCAGCACCAGCAGCACCAGCAGCGGUGGAAGCAGCAGCUGUACCAGCAGCAGAGGCAGAAGCAGCAGCAGUGGCAGCAGUAGCUGCAGCAGCGGUACCAGCAGGCAUGGCAUUUGACCCUGACGACGACUUUGGUGACUUCUCCUCCUCCGCCUUCGGUUCAGCCGCCCCUGCAGCAGCAGCGCCAGUACCAGCAGCAGGCAUGGGACCUGGUCCUGAUGACGACGAUGACGACUUUGGGGACUUCUCCUCCUCCUCCCAAGCAGUCUCCUCGUCUAUCUUCGCCCCCGCAGCUACGGGGUCCUUAGCUCCGUCCAGUGACUCCAAGCCCCACAUUCCAUCUCCGGGCUUUGGAGCCUUCGCUCCCCCUCCUGGCACCGCCGCUGACGCUGCCCCUGCUGCUUCUGGUGCUGCUUCAGCAGGAAUUCUUACCAGCGUAGACCCCGCUGCUGAUUCUGGCCAAACGAUGGCACCAAGCAAAGAGAUUUCCUUUGAUGAUGACGAUGAUGAUGACUUUGGGGAUUUCGCAGGAACCACUGCAGCUGGAGGAGCUGUGGAUGCUGCCAGUCUAGCCACCACUGCGGGUACGCUUUCCUUUUCCCCUGAUUUUGUGGGGGUGGACCUCAGCAGCACCACGGUUACCCCUGAGCCGUCCAUCCGCUUGGAUGGGUCAGAUGCAGCGAAUCCAGUCCUCGUGCCGAGCAAUUCUGUGGCAGCAGCAGCAGAGGCAGCAGCGCUAGCAGCAGCAAUGUCAGAGAAUCAUGCUCCUGCUGCUGCUGCUACUGACGGGGGGGCUGCUGGCGUUGCUGCUGCUGGUCCUAUUCCGCUCUCGCUCUUCGGUGAUGACGUGGCAGAUGCUGAGCUGGAGAACGCUGAGCUGUCACUUGGGCAGUUCCCGUCCGCUGGCAGCAAGCCAGCAGCAGAGCAUGCAACAGGCGUGGGUGCAGGCCAGGAGCCAUCUGCUUCUGCCGCUGCCGGUACCGCUGCCUCUGGUGCUGCUGCUGGUAGUGCCAAGUCAGGGAACCUUAUGGACUUGCUCUCGUCUCUCUAUGGCAGCUCUGCGACGAGCUCUGCGGGGGGUGCAGGAGGCGCAGGAGGAGCAUCAGGAGCAGCAGGGGGGCGGCAGUCGGGGGAGCAGGAGCAGGAGGGAGGCUGGAAGGGGGCCGGCUGGGGCAAACUUUCUCAACUGGUCGGGUGCCUUUGGCUAUGGCGUCUGCAGCAGGAUACGGGGGUCUGUUCGGGCUGCUGUCCCCAGGGACGCCACCUGCGGAUGUGCCUCUAAGGGGGUCGGUUAGUGAGCAGG